AACUACAUUUUUUUAACAACCUUCUUUUUUUGAACAACCCUCAUAAAAACUACAUUUAUUCUAUAAUAGUUUGCAUCUUUUGCUGGAAAAUGUUGAGCCUUUGUGGGGGUUUUUUGAACAAAUUAAUGUGAACAUAAGAAUUUUUUUUUUCUUUUAUGAUAAGAAUUAGAGCAAAGUCUAUGCAUUCAAAAUACUUUUGCCUCUCUGACAGCUCAAAUUAAAGUUGACUCCUUUGUUUUCCACGCUUUAAAAAAAACUUGCAGCUUUUUCAUCUCAAGUCUCAGUUUCCUUCUACACUUAACCAGAAGCACAAAAAGAGAAAGAGAAGCUAGCUCAGAGAGUACUAUCCUCAAAUCUCAAUCAAUGUCAGCUUCUGUGGCUGCAGCAUCAGUAUCAACAACAACAACAGAUACAACGUUUAUAAAGUGCGUCACUGUUGGGGAUGGAGCUGUGGGCAAAACUUGUCUUCUUAUCUCCUACACCAGCAACACUUUUCCCACUGAUUAUGUCCCAACGGUGUUUGACAACUUCAGUGCAAAUGUUUUAGUCGAUGGCAAAACCGUCAAUCUUGGUCUUUGGGAUACUGCUGGUCAAGAAGAUUACAAUAGGCUUAGACCAUUGAGUUACAGAGCAGCAGAUGUUUUCAUUCUCGCCUUUUCUCUUAUUAGCAGGCCUAGCUUUGAGAAUAUUGCUAAAAAGUGGGUCCCGGAGCUGCGACAUUAUGCCCCUAACGUGCCUAUUGUUCUAGUGGGAACUAAAUUAGAUCUAAGAGAAGAUAAGAAGUUCCCAAUGAAUUAUCCAGGUGCUUGCACAGUCUCUACAGAACAAGGUCAAGAGCUAAGAAAGGAGAUAGGAGCAUUAGCAUAUAUAGAAUGUAGCUCCAAAACACAACAGAACGUGAAGGCGGUGUUUGAUGCAGCGAUAAAAGUAGUUUUACAGCCUCCUUCAAAAACCAAGAAACAAAAGAGAAGAUUUGGUUUCUGCCAUGCUCUCUGAUCUCAAGCUUCUCUUGCUUGCUUUAAAAAAUAUGUAUAUGUUUAUAGUGUGUUGCUAUCUUCUUAAGUGUGAUUUUGUUAUCUUCUUUAUGAGGUGUGUUGUAAUAACAAGCCAAGUCAAGUAUAUGUAAAAAAAAUAUGUACAUUAAACCAAUCUUCAAAAAAUACUAAUGCGUAAAAUUAGGAGAAA